GCCAGAAGGAGCGUUACGUCUGAAGGCAGCGACUGGGCAACUCGACCCCCCGUCUUUGGCUGAGCUUGAGCCGCUUUGCCGGUGGUGCUAAUCGGUUUCUUGCCCAGCUCCGUGCCUAAGCUCCGGGGCUGCCCAUGAACGGCACCAUGGCCGCGUCCUCACACCGGAUAAUGCUGGGGCCGCUGGUUGCUGCCAUCGACCAGGGGACGAGCUCCACUCGGUUUUUGGUGUUUAACUCCAAAACUGCAGAGCUCCUCAGCCACCAUCAAGUGGAGAUCAAACAGAGCUUCCCAAAAGAAGGAUGGGUUGAGGAAGAUCCCAAAGAAAUUCUGCAGUCGGUGUACGAGUGUAUGGAGCGGACCUGUGAGAAACUGACACAGCUCAACAUCGACAUCUCAAACAUUAAAGCUAUUGGCGUGACCAACCAAAGAGAAACCACGCUUGUUUGGGACAAAGAGACCGGGGAGCCCCUCUACAACGCAAUUGUGUGGCUGGACCUUCGCACUCAGUCAACAGUUGAAAAUCUUAUUAAUAAAACUCCAGGAAGGAAUAAGAACCACUUGAAGCAUAAAACAGGACUCCCCAUCAGCACGUACUUCAGCGCCGUGAAGCUUCGCUGGUUGAUGGACAAUGUAAAAGAAGUCCAUGAAGCCGUCGUGUCUCACCGCGCCAUGUUUGGUACCGUGGACUCCUGGCUCAUCUGGUGUUUGACAGGAGGCAAGUCAGGUGGAGUCCACUGCACUGAUGUGACCAACGCCAGCAGAACCAUGCUGUUUAAUAUUCACACAAUGGACUGGGACACAGAACUUUGCAAAUAUUUUGGUAUUCCAAUGGAGAUCCUUCCCCGGGUGAGGAGUUCUUCAGAAAUUUAUGGCCUCAUGAAAAUAUGUUCUAGCCGGAAAUCAGGGGCUCUUUCAGGUAUUCCCAUUUCAGGGUGUCUUGGGGAUCAGUCGGCAGCGCUUGUCGGACAGAUGUGCUUCCAAGACGGCCAGGCUAAAAACACGUAUGGCACUGGCUGCUUUCUGUUGAGAAACACUGGAGCCAAGCCUGUAAUGUCUGAACACGGUCUUCUGACUACUGUGGCGUACAAACUUGGUCGGGACAAACCAGCCUGUUAUGCACUGGAGGGUUCUGUGGCCAUUGCAGGAGCUGUGGUUCGUUGGCUGCAGGACAAUCUUGGAAUCAUCGGAUCAUCUGAAGAGCUUGAGAAGCUGGCUGCAUCAGUCGGUACAUCCUACGGUUGUUAUUUUGUUCCUGCUUUUUCGGGUCUUUAUGCACCUUAUUGGGAGCCCAGCGCAAGAGGGAUCAUUUGCGGAUUAACUCAGUUUACUAAUAAGCGCCAUCUCGCGUUUGCUGCACUGGAAGCUGUCUGCUUCCAGACUCGAGAGAUACUGGACGCUAUGAAUCAGGACAGCGGCAUCCCACUGACUCAGCUCCAGGUAGAUGGAGGAAUGACGUCCAACAAGCUGCUGAUGCAGCUUCAGGCCGACAUCCUCUGUAUCCCUGUUGUGAAGCCGUCCAUGCCAGAGACCACAGCUUUGGGGGCAGCGAUGGCAGCGGGAGCAGCAGAGGGCGUCAGUGUGUGGAGCCUGAACCCAGACGACCUGAGCGAAGUCACAUCGGAGAAGUUCGAGCCUCAGAUCAACCCUGAAGAGAGUGAGUUUCGGUACGCACGCUGGAAGAGGGCGGUGCAGAAAUCCAUGAACUGGGAAACAACGGAGCCUGUUGGUAACGGAAACGGUGAACCGAGCAUCUUCAGCAGCGUCCCCCUGGGCUUUUACAUCAUGGGCAGCAUGGUGAUGCUGAUUGGUGCGAAAUACCUUGCAGGCCACAACUAGGCUCAGACUCCUGGAGGCAUUAAAGCAGAGAGUGAAGUGGACGUUCCUGGUGUCGGACCACUUGGCUCUGCUUGAACUCUUUCCUUAAAACCAUUCCAGAAGAAAGACCCCUGCUGAACCUUCACUGCUGGACGACUCUGAACUGACUAUUGGAACUACUUCAUCAUUGUUGUUGUUUUUAAUCCUUCAUUUUUACUUAUUUUCCUGCGUGGCAUACAAAACACGUCGGUACAGAAGACGUGCAUUUUGACAGGCGCGUGCAUGCAGUGUGUGUUUUCUACUGAGCUGAUGUGAUCGGAAAUUCUGAGCUUAUUCGUGUAGAAAAUCUAUCAGUGGUACUUGAAGCACGCUGUCUGAUAUCCAGGACUUGUUUGUCAUUUCACUGUUAUUCUUGAACCGUCAUCUUGUGAUGUUUUUGUUAAAGACCUUCCACUAUGCGCGACAAAGGAUUUUUUUUUAGUGCACUUUAUAUGUUUGUUUUGCUGUGCAUUAACAAGUCGAUGUAUAUAUUUUUCUAGAAUAUUUGAGAGUCUGUAGUGACAUCAAAAAGAAGGAAGGGAGUGUAGAUGAUGAACUGAUGUGAGGUUUCUUUGAGGGGGAAAACAUGCGAUGAAGGUCAACGAUGGCUGGAGUUCUGUGUUGACACAAAAUGAGUUAAAAGGCACAGAUGUUAAUUCAACUAAGAGUACUUUCAAACUGAAGCAGCACUACAUAAACCGCAUACUCUGGAUAAAAUUACAUUUUCUGACUCAUACAUUCACAGAUUUAAGCAAAAACUUGUGCUUAAUGAGUAAAAUGCAAACAUUUUGCUUGCAUGCUUAAAGUCAAUCCACAACAAAGCAGCUUUAUUGCACUAAAAUGACAAUGUUUACUCUUUUUUUCCCCCUGAAUAAUUUAUUGAAAGCAAAAUUAAAGGGAGCUGUGUUAUAGAUGCAUGAUUUAUAUACUUGCUCUUUUUGCUGCUUGGUCGCAGUUUGACAAACUUCAGGAAUUUCUUCUGUUGUCUUCUAUGAGAAUCUGAAAUGAAAAGAAAAACCUGCUUGGUUAUUGAUGAAGUCUGCAGGCCAAACAGAUGUUCUGGCUGAUAAUCGGUUGGUGUUUGCUCCUUGUAGUUACGCUGUUAUUUAUUCAAUUGUCCGGUCCUGUAAAAGUAGGAAAUUUCAGAGGUGUAAUUCUGCAAAUGGAUAAUUUAUUGAUGCAUUAACAAUGUGGGAAAUGUCAUCGUGUGCUACCAAUAUUCAACUUCAAAGACCUGUAACUGUGAAAUGGAAAAUGGUUUUUCACACUCUUUUGCUACUAACACUGCAUGUUCUUCCCUUCAGCGCAACAGUGUUUGUAUUCACUACGUGAAAAGUGUACAAAUCUUUUCAAUUCCUCGCCGUAUUAAAGAGCAUUUUAACCCAAA